CUGCUAGAUUUCACCCUGCAAUUGCAUUGAUCAGUGUUCAAAAGCAAGAAAGCAAUCUUGGUUUUGGUUGAUUUAAGAGGAAAGAUGUCUUCACACCAGCAGCCAUCAAGAGAUGAACUUGAUGCGAAAGCAAGGCAAGGUGAGACUGUAGUUCCUGGAGGCACGGGGGGCAAAAGCCUUGAAGCUCAAGAACACCUCGCCGAAGGGAGAAGCCGAGGAGGGCAGACGAGGAAGGAGCAGCUGGGGACAGAAGGGUAUCAGGAGAUGGGUCGAAAGGGUGGGCUGAGCACCACCGAUGAGUCUGGCGGUGAACGAGCAGAGAGAGAGGGUAUCCCCAUUGAUGAGUCCAAGUUCAGGACCAGGAGCUGAAUAAACUAGCUAGUAUUUAUGGCUUUAAGUGCUGCAGGUUUUUUGUGUAUACUAGUAAGAAUGUUGCUAACGAAUAUGUUAUAGCAAGGUUUUAGCUAAGCUGUUUUAAUUUGUAGGGUGUGGCUUUUGGUUUUGUAGUAGAUGCCUUUCGAGGUCUGUAACAGAGGCUUAAUUGGUUAUCCCUUUUGGGUUGCCAAUAAUGUUUCAUAAUAAUAACGAACUAAUUUUUAUAAA